UUUCGUUCUUCCGAGCGGUGACGAGGUUGUCGGGUAAAAAGAAGUGUUCGUUUCGAUCAUCGGGUCGGGACACCAUUCGUUAUCGCGGAAAAGUGUAUUCGAACUCAACAACACAGACAAUAAUUAGUACUACUGUGUGUACAUCGAUAGCGUUUUAUCUGGGCGAUUGUAUCCUUUUUGCAGAGGCGAUCGCGGAUGAUCAAUAACCAUUUUGCAAUAAAGAAAAUUAUUCCAGUACCUACGGAGCUGUUGAAUUUCAUCGCAAUGGCCGUUUGUUCCUAAAUUUGGUUAGUGGUGUGUCGUAUUUCUACCGAUUCCUUCACACGACUCGAGAGAGUCCAUCGUGUCAGGAACUGCCCGCGUGGGACGAUGAAUUUUAGAAAAAUAUGGGAAACCCGUACCGGCUAAUCGUUGCCGGUAAAACGCGCGCGUCGCGAUGGCACUUCUUGGGCGCGUUGGUCGCAGCGGCGACGGCGACGUUCGUCUGUGGUACCGCCGCGCACGCGCGUCACGGAGGAGGCGACCCUGCCCUCUCACAAAGCGCCCCUCCCAGUUGCCAGUACGUCAAACCGACGAUGAUGAUGUGCGCCAACCGAUCCGCCGAUUUUAUCGCGAUCCCGACGGGUGUGACGCACCUGGAGCUCAGAAAUGUAUCCGGGGCCCGACUGGACGUCGAAAACGUCCGCCACCUACGUUGGACCUCCGUCCACUUGCCCAACGUCCUAGAGUACGUCUUACACCCGCAAAACCUGAAGUCGCUAGAUCUGAGCAAUAAUAACAUAACCGAACUGAAAAACUACCAAUUCAAAAACUACACGAGCUUGGUCGAAAUGAACCUCUCCUACAAUCGUAUCAUCGAUCUUCCGCGGUACGUUUUCAAGGACCAGAAGCUGCGGAAACUAAGCCUGUCGCAUAACCUACUACAAGCUCUUCCGUUCCAAGUGUUCGCCAUGGAGCACAUGACAGAACUGGACCUGUCGUACAACAGUCUCGCCACGUUCCUAGACCACUUUUUCAAGUUCAAUAAGUACAUCGAACUCCUGCUACUCAACAACAACAGGAUCACGAAGUUGACCUCGAACUCUUUAGCGGACCUCACCGCGCUGAAGACCUUGGACCUAUCCCACAACGCGCUCCACUUCUUCGCCAAAGGCCUGUUCGAUUCGUUGAGCAAUCUGGAAUACCUCAACUUGGCCAACAAUCCGCUUACGAACCCCGCGAGCGGCACGUUCAGGGGACUGAAGAGUUUGCGCGAGCUGAAUCUGAGCGGGAACAGGAUGACGCACCUGACCUUCGGUCUGAUGCAUUUCAGCCCGAGACUGUUGACGCUUACCAUAGAAAACACUCAGAUCGAAGAGAUCCACAACAGCGAACUGCUGGGGGUGCCAGUGUUGCAAAACUUGUCGAUUAGAAACAACAAAAAGCUCAGGGAAAUUGAGAACUACGUGCUGGCCGACACGCCCAUGCUCCGUCGAUUAGAUAUAGGCGGCAACGCUUUAACCUUUCUGCCUCAAUCGAUUGCCAACUUGACAAACCUGACGUAUUUGAAUAUCUCGGACAAUCUUUGGGCGUGCGACUGUCGUAUGCACUGGUUCGCCAACUGGGCCGAAGCAAGAAGACGCGAGAACAUGACCAUGUCCGAUCUAAGUUGCGGCCCUUACGCCUAUCCGAACGACAUGUUGCCUACAUUGCACCACCUUAAUUGCACGAAACCCAGGAUCGUUUUCAAAACGCCCACGAGGUUGUACCGUCUGAAAUCGGACGCGUUACUGGAAUGCAGGUACGCGGCAUAUCCGCCCCCGUCCAUCACUUGGAUCACGCCGACGAGAGAAGUUUUCCACUGGAACCCCGACCCAAGCAUUUCUGACGUUUUCGACAAACACCCUCACGCCCACGACCGCUUCAUGACGCCCUUGAGGGUUAUACCUCCGCGAAUACAGAUCUUGGACAACGGCACGUUGUGGAUAAAAAAUGUAACACGCAGCGAUUGUGGUCGAUACUACUGCUACGCUAGCAACCCGAUCGCGAACCAGACGGAAGACGUGCUAUUGCACAUCGAUCCCACCGAUUGGAAUCACAUUCGCAUCUUGAGCCUCGUCGUUGGUACCCAAAGUGCGGCCGGAUUUCUCGGCCUCACUUUGAUCGUACAGUUUCUGCGGUAUAUACUCAACAGAUUCGGCAUCUUGAACAAUUUCUGCAGUUUCUGCAAACGGGACAGGGUGUCGCCGCGUGCCAAACAGAUCUACACCAUGCUCGAUAAUAUCGAGCAGUACAAGUCGCAACAACUAGACAAAUUACGCGAAAAUUAUACCCAACAGGUGAACCGCAUCAAAGACAACUGCGCGCAGCAAAUGGAAUGGAUCCAAGGCAGUUACCAAACGCAAGCGAAACACCUCAAAGAUUUCAGGGAUAUCGGAACCCAACACUUGACGACACUGCGCGGCCAAUAUUGCGACCAGGUGCGCAAGGUACGGGACUACUCCACCACCCAGCUGAACUGGGUCCGCGAGAACUACGUUUUCCAGCGAAACAAGAUCAGGAAAUUCAGCGCGCACAAAGUGCUGCAAUUGCGCGAGACGUACAAAUACCAGCAGCAAACCUUGAACAAGGUUUUGGAAAACCUGCCGAGUCUCUAUUUCGAAAACUGCCGGGCGGGAACCUGCGGCCGCGCGGAAUCGCUCGUCUUCGACCCCAACGACAUCGAGAGCGUAGACUUUUACAUCAAAUCGAAAAUCGAAAAGCUGUCCAACUUGAACGGGAUCGAAGACGACACGGACGUUAAUCAAAGCAGGUUGUCGCUUUAUUACACACCUACGGAAAGAUCGGUCGGGUCCAAGAUUCUAACGCCGUCCAGCAACGAAACGUUGGCCGGCAUCCACAUCAACUACAUCGAGGAGAAACCCGUCAUGGUGAGCUUCGCUGGGCCGUCGACGUCCAAAGACGUAUACAUUUUUCCCGAUCUCGGGAAAAGCAACGCGGACAUUCCCACGCACGGCGACGAACCAAACGUCCGGACUUCCACCAGCAUGCAGAACAUGUCAUCGAAAUUUGACGGGAUCGACGAGAAAGGCGACAACGGCAAAGUGAAUCGCGAAACGUCACUAUAAGUCGGCGACACUCGUGUCCGAGAGAGGACGCGUAGUCUGCGUUAGUGCCAAUUGUUAGCAGCGAAUUUUAGUUUAAUAAGUUAUCCGAUGAACUUUGGUUUGGUCGAGCGUGACGUUGCUGCCGAGCUCGUGAGGACUGAACAGUGACGCGUUAUUUUAUGUCUAGAUGUGUUCACUUUGAGGUUUAGUUCACUUUAGGUGAUUAUGCUUCCAUAUACGUUUGUCCGUUGAUAGUUCUAAAUUUUCAAAAUCUAAAAGAAGUUUUUAGGGAUAUAGUUAAUACUCUCUCUCUCUCUCUCUCUCUUUACAAUGGCAUGGGGAUCGUUUCAUUUCACGAGACAGAGUACCUAUUAACAAAGUCUAUUUUUUAUGAACGAAACGAUUUAAUUCAUACAUGUUGUAAAAACUCUCUUUAUAAUGUUGAUGAACCUAUUGACUUUAAAUAAAACUUUUAGGCAG